AUGCUCGCGCUACUCCACCUCAUCAUCUCCGAUGCCUAUGUCUCAGGGGAGAUCAAGAGGCGGGUCGGCAUCGUGGGCAAGGGCCUCACUUUUGACAGCGGAGGUUACAACAUCAAGGCGGGGGCGGGGUCCAUGAUCGAGAUGAUGAAGAUCGACAUGGGCGGGUCUGGCGCCGUCCUGGGCGCGGCCAAGACCCUGGCCCUGCUCAAGCCUGAGGGCAUCGAGGUGCACUUUGUGAUCGCCGCCUGCGAGAACAUGGUGGCGGGGGGCGGCAUGCGCCCGGGGGACAUCCUGGUGGCCUCCAACGGGAAGACGGUGGAGAUCAACAACACCGACGCAGAGGGGCGUUUGACCCUGGCGGACGCGCUGCUGUACGUUCAGAACCAGGGCCAGCUGGACGCGGUGGUGGACAUCGCGACGCUGACCGGCGCGUGCAUGAUCGCGCUGGGCCCCGCCAUAGCUGGCCUGUAUGGCUCCAGCGACGCGGCGGCCGAGGCGGUGGCCGCCGCCGCACGGCGCGCGGGCGAGAAGGUGUGGCGCAUGCCGCUUGAGAAGGCGUACGCCGACGCGCUGAAGAGCCCCAUCGCGGACUACAAGAACGUGGGCGGGCGGGCGGGGGGCAGCAUCCACGCAGCCCUCUUCCUCAACGAGUUCGUGGACACCGAGCGCGUGGCCUGGGUGCACCUGGACGCCGCCGCGCCCGUGUUCAGCGACAAGGACGGCAGCGCCACCGGAUUCGGCGCCCAGACCUUGGCGCAGUGGGUGCUGGGCGAGGCGGGCCUGGCCGGAUGA